AUGGACUCCAGCUCCGUCAAGCAGGCCGUUAUGAAGCAGGUCCUUCAGGAGGCCAACCUUGCCAACGCGCGCGUUCUCAUUGACAAGCUCCAGGAGAACUGUUUUGAGAAGUGCGUUCCUAAGCCCGGCACCUCUCUCUCCAGCGGCGAGACGACCUGCAUGACCUCGUGCAUGGAGAAGUACAUGGCGGCGUGGAACCAGGUCAACACUGCCUACAUCAACAGGAUAAAGCAGGAGUCUGGCAACCAGAGCGGCCUGUAA